UUUCCUUCCCAACAUCGUCAUUUCAAUUCUUCAUCAUCAUAUACAGUAUACACACAGUGACACUGUAGGUGUGGGUGGAUUUGAAAAGAAUGGCUCGGCGACGGCGAGGAAGAGGAAGGAGUUUUGCUAGUGUGGAAGGCGCAGAAUUCUUCAAAGUGUAUCUUCCUAACCUCAGCUCUCACCAACUGCUGAUACCACCAGAUUUCACCAAGGGCUUUAGAAAGACACUGAAUGAAAAGGUCAUACUGAAAAACAAUGCUGGUAAAACAUGGUCUGUGGAAGUGAAAGAAACUCCUGAUGGGAUCUUCUUCAAGGAUGGAUGGCAGAUGUUCGUUGAGUAUCACGGGCUGAAGGUCGGGGAGUUCUUGGUGUUCUGUUAUCGCGGAUCUUAUUCGUUCCUUGUAAAGAUAUUCGGUAUAAACGGUUGCAAGAAGGAAAGCUUGGGUCCAGAUAACAUUGUCAAAACUGAAGAAGGAACUGAUGAGGAGACGAAACCAGACCGGGCUUCUAGGAAGCGUGCAUGCCCACAGGGCAAGGAUCAUUUGUCGAGCGUUGGUAGAAGAACGAGUAAAGUUUCGAGAAGGUUUAGAGAAGUGAACAAAGUAGAAGAACAAGUUGGUGCAUCUGAACAACCAGACAACAGGAAGGUGUCUAAAAAUACAGUGCGAGUCAUUCCAAAACGCCCGUCUUUUGUUUCGCCUCCUAGCCGUUCCAAAGUGCUGAGAAUCCCAGAUGAAGUGACGAAUAACGAGAGUGUCCAUUUGGGGGCGGAAAUGUAUCUGCGAGGUGCAAAAGGGAAGGAAUGGCCGGUAAAAAUCUUCACACUGCACAAUGGUCCAUCGUUUCUUGGCUAGGGGCUGUAUGGGUUUCAGACGGACAACAACAUAGGCCGUAAAGAUUGCUGCAAAUUCACAUUUGGGACUCAAACAACAAUUGAUGUCAAGAUCUUACGCAACUCAAAGAAAUCAGCUCGUUCUUAGCUUAUGCACUGCCAUCUUUUGGAGCUUGUUCAUCUAUCUUUUGUGCCUUGUGCAGAGACAUUAUAUGUUUUCUUAGUGCUGGACCUUAACUGAUUUCAGAAUAGUAUAAAUUAAUCAGACUGUGUAA